AUGGCGUCGACCUCUCCGAGCCGCUCCUCCGGCGGGGACCCGCCUUCCCCGUCCACGCCCCUCAUCUCCUCGCCGACCUCCCCGUCCCCGGCAUCCGGCCCCUCCGGCGGCGGCCCGCUGGGGCGGCUCACGAGCCUCCGCGGCGCGGCGCGGUUCAUCCGCCGCACGGGGAGCCGGCGCCUGAUGAGGGAGCCCUCCGUGGCGGUGCGGGAGACGGCCGCCGAGCACCUCGAGGAGCGCCAGACCGACUGGGCCUACUCCAAGCCCGUCGUCGUGCUCGACUUGCUCUGGAACCUCGCCUUCGUCGCCGUCGCCGCGGCCGUCCUCGCCGCGUCGACGGGCGAGAGCCCCGCCGUGCCGCUCCGCGUCUGGAUCGCGGGCUACGUGCUCCAGUGCCUCCUCCACAUCCUCUGCGUCACCGUCGAGUACAGGCGCCGGCGCAGGGACGCGGACCAGGAGGGAGCGGGUGAUGAGGAUUUCAAGCUCAGUAUUGUGAAGCACUUGGAGUCUGCAAACACGAUGUUUUCCUUCAUAUGGUGGAUCGUUGGGUUCUAUUGGGUGUCUGCAGGUGGUCAAGCUUUAUCAUAUGAUGCUCCUCAACUUUAUUGGCUGUCAAUUGUUUUUCUGGCAUUUGAUGUUUUCUUUGUGGUCUUCUGUGUUGCCUUGGCUUGUGUGAUUGGAAUCGCUGUUUGUUGCUGCCUUCCCUGCAUUAUUGCUAUCUUAUAUGCUGUAACUGAUCAGCAGGAGGGAGCAUCUGAAGAUGACAUAAACAACCUUUCCAAAUUCAAAUUUCGGACAAUGAGUGAUGCAGACAAGCUAGCUGCCGGCAUUGCAGCACCUGUGGGUGGAGUGAUGACAGAGUGUGGUACCAAUCCUCCUGUCGAACAUAUUCUUUCAGCUGAGGAUGCAGAGUGCUGUAUCUGCCUAUGCUCGUAUGAAGAUGGCGUGGAACUGCGUGAGCUCCCUUGCAACCACCAUUUUCACUGCAGCUGCAUAGACAAGUGGCUUCACAUAAAUGCUACAUGCCCAUUGUGCAAGUUCAACAUCGUCAAGAGCAAUCCCGACAGAGAAGAGGUCUAG